CUCAUUCAUUCAUGAACUAUAGUACAAGACUAGAGUAGUGGACUCACACUAUCUCUGACUUGGACUCUGUCUUCUCUCUCUCUCUCUCUUCUUUCUCUCUCUACCCUGUUCCGGCAACAAUGUCCAAACCCACCACCACAGCACCACCAAAACCCACGACGGUCCUCCCCUACCUCACCGAAAACAUCCGUGAAGUCUACACCUUCGGAAGAAAGCUCGGCCAGGGUCAAUUCGGCACCACAUAUCUCUGCAGACACAACUCCACAGGCUGCACCUUCGCCUGCAAGUCAAUCCCGAAGCGGAAGCUGCUCUGCAAGGAGGAUUACGAUGAUGUUUGGAGGGAGAUUCAGAUAAUGCACCACCUAUCGGAGCACCCACACGUUGUCAGGAUCCAUGGGACUUACGAGGAUGCUGCUUCUGUUCACAUCGUUAUGGAAAUCUGUGAAGGGGGUGAGCUUUUUGAUAGGAUCGUGCAGAAGGGGCAAUACAGUGAGAGAGAGGCGGCGAAGUUGAUUAGGACUAUUGUUGAGGUUGUGGAGGCUUGUCAUUCUCUUGGGGUUAUGCAUAGAGACCUUAAGCCUGAGAAUUUCUUGUUUGAUACUGUUGAGGAAGAUGCUAAGCUGAAGACAACUGAUUUUGGGUUGUCUGUGUUUUACAAGCCAGGUGAAACCUUUGGUGAUGUUGUUGGAAGCCCAUACUAUGUUGCACCAGAGGUCUUGCGCAAGCAUUAUGGACCUGAAAUAGAUGUGUGGAGUGCCGGUGUUAUUUUGUACAUCUUAUUAAGCGGGGUGCCACCAUUUUGGGCUGAAACGGAGCAGGGGAUCUUCCGACAGAUAUUGAUGGGAAGACUUGAUUUCCAGUCUGAGCCAUGGCCCAGCAUUUCAGACAGUGCCAAGGAUCUAAUUCGAAAAAUGCUUGAUCGGAAUCCAAAAACAAGGCUUACAGCUCACCAAGUACUCUGCCACCCAUGGAUUGUUGAUGACAACAUUGCACCUGAUAAGCCUCUAGAUUCUGCUGUUUUGUCACGGCUGAAGCAGUUCUCUGCAAUGAAUAAACUUAAAAAGAUGGCUUUGCGUGUUAUUGCAGAGAGUCUCUCUGAGGAAGAAAUUGGUGGUCUGAAGGAGUUAUUCAAGAUGAUUGAUGCAGACAACAGUGGAACUAUAACAUUUGAUGAGCUAAAAGAAGGCUUAAAGCGAGUAGGAUCUGAACUUAUGGAGUCUGAAAUCAAGGAUCUUAUGGACGCAGCUGAUAUUGAUAAUAGUGGGACAAUUGACUAUGGUGAGUUCAUUGCUGCUACAGUCCACUUAAAUAAGCUGGAAAGAGAGGAGAAUCUGUUGUCAGCUUUCUCCUAUUUUGACAAAGAUGGAAGUGGAUACAUAACCAUUGAUGAGAUACAAGAAGCUUGUAAGGAAUUUGGUUUGGAUGAUAUCCAUAUUGAUGAUAUGGUCAAAGAAAUUGAUCAAGAUAAUGAUGGACAAAUAGAUUACGGUGAAUUUGCUGCUAUGAUGAGAAAGGGUAAUAUUGGAGGGAUCGGUAGGCGAACCAUGAGAAGCACGCUCAAUUUCAGAGAUGCUCUGGGAAUCACAAGCAAUGUGUCCAUUUAAGGUCUUGUACUUUGAGAAAUCAUUGUGUAAUGAAAAUUUUGAACGAUGAACACUUUGACAACUUAAAAUAUUUAUGGGUAGCAUGACCAACACUUUGAAAUC